AUGUAUCCACGAGACAAACAAAGAAACAAACAGUCGAGGUCGAGUCCAUUCUGCGCUCGCGGUGAGCCCGCACGGGCUGCCCAACCCACUCGAGGAACUGUUUCAGGCACGAACAGCAACAGCAGCUGCGCCACAAUUCUUCGGGACUAUGGCCCAGCCACAGAAAAACUCCCAAACGUCUCCAGUAAUCCGUCUAAAUUGGCCGCCGAACAGGUACUAAAAAAUUCCCCUGACGGAGCGCAAGCCUCAACCGGUGGUGCCAAGCCUCGAGGCGCGUCAUCGUGGCUGAUGUCUGAGGAGCAAGCCACCACUCGCUCAGCGGCUCGGCCUUGUUCUGCUGCCACUUGCCAGCCUGCUGCUCCGUUGCCACGAAGCUUUGCUGCCCAGCUGCCAUUCCUUCUCGCAUCACUCCUGGCCACUUUCACUGCGACUGCUGCGGGCCAACACUCCUCACAACAAAAGACGAUUGCGCGCUGGAGCCUCCAUCCCAGGCCCAUCGAAGUUGCGCCUCUUCCCUCGCACCUCCAAACGACCACUUUUUGUUCGCUCUUCACAGCAGCGCCUGCGAAGACAUUCUGUACCGCGGUCACCCCGCAGCGGCCAAGCACGACGCCAAAUAUGUCGUCCGACUUCCGCGGCACAGGCGACGAUACCUUGCCUGCUCCUGCGGGACAGCCCCAGCAAUCGCAACCCGGCUUGCCAGUAGACAAGAAAUCAGAGGACAGCGGUAUCAAAGAGCCUCCAUUUGAAAAAGAAAAGCCCGAGAGCGUCGAGGCCGAAUCUGACGAUGACAAGACCGACGACGGCGACGCUCCCGCCGGCGCAACUCUAGGAGGAGCCCCCCCUCCUCCUGAUGCUGCGCCUACAUCAAGUCCAGCUCAAGCUGCGCUGAUGAAGCAGGUCAAUGCAGUCCUCUCUUCCGAGAUCGGUAUUACCACUCUGUUGAAUCGCCUCAAGCAAAGUGUUGCUUCUGCCAAGGAAUUUGCGACAUUUCUCAAAAAGCGCGCCAUUCUCGAGGACGACUACGCACAGAGCCUGAAGAAACUCUGCCGCACCACCCAGGAGAACAUGCGACGAACAGAUCACCGCACAGGCAGCUUCGCUCAAUCUUACGAUGAAAUGAUGCAUAUUCAUGACCGCAUGGCCGAGAAUGGUAUCCAAUUUGCAGCUUCGCUUCACCAAAUGCACGAGGACCUGAUCGACCUGGCCAACAACUCGGACCGCAGCAGGAAGACCUGGAAGACCAAUGGUCUUUCCGCCGAGCAUAAGGUGGCUGAACUUGAACAGGCCAUGCGCAAAAGCAAGGCCAAGUACGACUCGCUGGCCGAAGAGUACGACAGAGCUAGAACCGGCGAGGGCAGACAGGGUGGAAAGGUCCUCGGCGCCUUCAAGGCGCACAAGUCUGCCGCGCAGCAGGAGGAAGACUUGCUCAAGAAGGCCCAGAAUGCCGACCAGACGUAUUACAGCCACGUGCAAACACUACAGACGGAAAAGACACAGCUCGAAGCAUCGCACCGCCCAGAGGCUGUCAAGGCCCUGCAGGCUUUGGUGUCCGAGACUGAUUCUGCCACCACCCUGCAGAUGCAAAAGUUUGCUGCUUUCAAUGAGAAGCUGCUUCUCGGCAAUGGCUUGAUUGUGUACCCCUUCAAGAAUCAGCCCGGAGAGACAACUCCUCAGCCCCGAAGCCUUCGCCAGGCCGUCUCCUCUAUCAACAACGAGCGUGAUUUCAACGAAUUCAUCUCAGCCCAGCAUCACAGGGUGUCACCAGCCACUGAAGUCAAGUACGAAAAGAAUCCGCUGCUGAACCCCCAGGCCUCUGCGGCCCCUAGACCGCACAGCCAGCCCUUUGCUCCUGCAGGUCAGCAAGGUUCUGUUUCUUCUUACAGUCAAGCCAACCCUACCACUGCUGCCAAUAUCUCCAGCCCCAUUCUGCAUCAGCCCCAAUCAAUGGGCACCAGAUCCAGCACCGGCAACUUUGCCGGACCCAACGGCCCCGGCAGUCCCCAGCACGCCUUCGGUCCCCAGAGCCCAGCACAGGUUGCUGGUGUGUCUCAAGGUGGAUUCCUAGAGCAGCCAAGACCCUAUGGUCAACAUCAGCAUACGCGCAGCUUCAGCCAAGGAAACCCUCUCGGCACAUCCGGCGGCCUCGGUAGUCCAGGAGGACCGCCGCCGCAGUAUGGUGGACGAGGUGGCCCUCCUCAAGGACCUCCUCACCAAGCCGCCGCUCCUCAGGGGGCUCCACGAAACGGAGCUGGCCAGCUCGGUGCGCCUCAGCUCGGCGCCUUGCCGUUCCAGGGCGGUAAUCCUCCGGCACAGCGUGGAUCGCCGCAGCAGGCUCAAGCACCCUUUAGACCACCCGGCGCUACCAGCGGUCCUGGCGGUGCCGGCUCGCGGGAGUCGCCACAACAGAGCCAGCUGCCAUUCAGACCUCCUAGCGAUGUCAAGAAUCCGGCUGGGUUCGGUGGCUUUUCUGGUCACAACUUCCAAGGACAGCCGCCUGCGUACCCUACCGCUCAUGGCACCAGCGUCAUGGCCAACUCCCCACCGUCUAAGCCUGUCUUUGGCGUCUCGCUGGCCAAGCUGUACGAGCGCGACGAGGCGGCUGUUCCCCAGGUUGUGUACCAGUGUAUCCAGGCCGUCGACAUGUAUGGUCUCGGUGUGGAGGGCAUAUACCGCCAGUCAGGCUCCCUGAGCCACAUUAACAAGCUCAAGAGCAUGUUUGAUGCUGAUUCUCAGAACCCGGCUCUCGAUUUUAGAAACCCAGAAAACUUCUACCACGACGUCAACAGUGUCACGGGCCUAUUGAAGCAAUUUUUCCGUGAUUUGCCCGACCCUAUCCUGACGUCGGAGCACCACAGCAGAUUCAUCGACGCAGCCAAAUACGACGACGACAAUGUACGCCGCGACGCGCUGCACGCCAUCAUCAACUCGCUGCCUGACCCCAACUACGCGACGCUGCGCGCCAUCACGCUGCACCUCUACCGCGUCAUGGAAAAUGCGCACAUAAACCGCAUGAACUCGCACAAUCUGGCCGUUAUCUUUGGCCCGACGCUCAUGGGCAGCGAUCCCAGCACCGCCAUGACCGACGCCGGAUGGCAGAUUAAAGCCAUUGAUACCAUAUUGCAAAACACGUAUAGUAUUUUUGACGAGGACUAA